AUCCAACUUUCAUUCAAUUAAUACAUUAAAAACAAGUGAAUUGCUUCCAAACAAAUAAACAUGACAACUAAGAAACUAUUGUUGAUUGUUCUGUCCAUUGCUUUGGUUCUUGUAGUAUCCGAGAGCUUUGAUUUCCACGACAAAGAUGUGUCCUCCGACGAAAGCUUGUGGGACUUAUACGAGAGAUGGAGGAGUCAUCACACGGUUUCUCGGAACCUCAACGAGAAACAAAAGCGCUUUAACGUGUUCAAAUCAAAUGUGAUGCAUGUCCACAACACUAACAAAAUGGAUAAGCCUUACAAGUUGAAACUUAACAAGUUUGCCGACAUGACCAACCAUGAAUUUAAGACUACCUAUGCUGGAUCAAAGGUUAAUCACCACAGAAUGUUCCGAGGCACGCCACGUGUAAGUGGAACAUUCAUGUAUGAGAAUUUUACCAAAGCUCCUGCUUCUGUUGAUUGGAGAAAGAAAGGUGCUGUCACUGAUGUCAAGGAUCAAGGCCAAUGUGGUAGUUGCUGGGCUUUUUCAACUGUUGUAGCUGUUGAAGGCAUCAACCAAAUAAAGACAAAUAGGCUAGUGCCUUUGUCUGAACAAGAGCUUAUAGAUUGUGACAAUCAAGAAAAUCAAGGAUGCAAUGGUGGGCUAAUGGAAUAUGCUUUUGAGUACAUCAAGCAAAAAGGUGGCAUAACAACAGAAAGCUAUUACCCUUACACAGCAAAUGACGGAUCAUGUGAUGCAACAAAAGAAAAUGUCCCAGCAGUGUCGAUUGAUGGUCAUGAGACUGUUCCGGCUAAUGAUGAAGAUGCUUUGCUCAAAGCUGUUGCCAACCAACCUGUAUCCGUAGCCAUAGAUGCCGGAGGAUCUGAUUUCCAGUUUUACUCAGAGGGAGUAUUUACUGGCGAUUGUGGUAAAGAGCUAAAUCACGGUGUAGCGAUAGUAGGAUAUGGAACAACAGUUGAUGGAACUAAUUAUUGGAUUGUGAGGAACUCAUGGGGAGCGGAAUGGGGUGAACAAGGUUACAUAAGAAUGAAAAGGAAUGUAUCUAACAAGGAAGGACUUUGUGGCAUAGCUAUGGAAGCUUCCUACCCAGUUAAAAACUCCUCCAAAAAUCCAGCAGGACCUUUAUCAUCUACCAAGGAUGAGCUUUGAAUGUUUUACAUCAAAAUUUAGCUUUCAUCAAUGUUUGAUGUUGUUUUCUAGUAUGUGUUGAAAAUUACAUCAUUACCUUAUGAACUUUAAAUAUUUGAAUCUUAGAUUUGAUGGCAAUGUAUGGUUUGGAUAGUUAUGCUUGUAUUUCAAAAAGAAAUAAAUGUUUCAAUUUGAUUUAACUGUUAGCAA